UAGUCUGCAGUGUCUCCUUAUGGACCUCCCGCGGGAAGUUCUCCAGCUGCCUCCCCACUCCGGCACCCCGGUGCUGUCUGUCGUGGACAUGCACACAGGAGGGGAGCCCCUGCGGAUCGUGAUCGCGGGGUGGCCCGAGGUGGGGGGCCCCACCCUGCUGGCUAAACGCCGCUACGUGCGGGAGCACCAGGACCUGCUGCGGCGGCGCCUGAUGCACGAGCCGCGCGGGCACCGGGACAUGUACGGGGCGCUGCUGGUGCGCAGCGAGCUGCCCCAUGCGCACGUGGGCGUCCUGUUUCUACACAACGAGGGCUACAGCUCCAUGUGCGGCCACGGCGUGCUGGCCCUGGGACGCUUCGCGCUCGACUACGGGCUGGUGCCGCCGCCCCCGCCCGGCGUCCGCGAGGCCCAGGUCCACCUGCACUGCCCCUGCGGCCUGGUCACCGCCUUCGUGCAGUGCGAGGGUGGCCGCAGCCGGGGGCCCGUUCGCUUUCACAGCGUCCCGGCCUUUGCCCUGGCCACAGAUCUUGUGGUGAAUGUUCCUGGAAAAGGGGACGUUGUAGUCGACAUUGGAUAUGGUGGUGCAUUUUAUGCAUUUCUUAAUGCUAAAAGGUUUGGAUUAGAUGUCUGUUCUUCGAAGACAAGGGAUCUUGUAGAUGCAGCAACUGCCGUUACAGAAGCAGUUAAAGCACAGGUUAAAAUUCAUCAUCCAGAGAGUGAAGAGCUUGCAUUUCUAUAUGGAACUAUAUUAACAGAUGGAAAUGAUGCUUUUAGUGAAGAACCAACAACCAACAUCUGUGUGUUUGCAGAUGCACAGGUUGACCGAAGCCCCACUGGUUCUGGAGUGACGGCACGCAUUGCCUUACAGUAUCACAAAGGACUUAUUCAACUGAACCAGACCAGAACCUUUAAAAGUAGUGCAACAGGUUCACUGUUCACUGGGAAGCCAGUGAAGGAAACCAAAUGUGGUGAGUUCAAAGCAGUUGUAGUGGAAGUAUCAGGAAAAGCCCAUUACACAGGUACAGCAAGCUUUAUAAUUGAAGAAGAGGACCCACUGAAAAAUGGAUUUCUUCUCAAAUGACCUUAUUCAUGACCUCUAAAGCAACCAUUAUCUAAGAGAUAAUUGUCCUCAUGGUCUGUAAAAAAGUAUAUCAUCUUAUGUAUGUAUGUUAAUCCUAUCUAACUAAUCACAUAAUCCAUGAUUAUAUAAAAUCAUGUUAACAAAUAAUAGGGGGGGGGGGAAGAUGGUGGCAGGAAAGCAGGGAC